CAACAGCGUAGUACGUCAGGUGCCCCUCCUUUUCACAACCUCAACAGGUCCAACCCCUGCUGAUGCCCAGACGCGACCAACAACAGCCUCCUCUUCUCUCCUUGUCCCGAUGCCGCCUGGUGCUCUUCCUCUUCUGCUGCUGCUGCUUCCCCUCGCCAGCUUGCUGCGCUUCGCUACCGCCGACGGCAACGGAACCCGCGGCAACGCGAGCUGCGCGCCGGCGGCAUGCGGGAACCUGAGCAUCACGUACCCGUUCUCCCUCAGCGGCGUGCAGCCGCUCUACUGCGGCUUCCCGGCCUUCGAGCUCACGUGCGCCGAUGCCGGCCGUGCCUACCUCGCCAGGACGUUCAGGGAGCGCCUGUACCGCGUCCUCAACAUCUCCUACGGGAGCAACUCCUUCGUGAUGGCCGUCGACGUCGACACGUCCUACGCCGGCGACGAGCGGUGCCACAUCCCGGACUUCAACGUGUCCUCCGGCCUCUACCUCCUGCCGGUCAACGUCACCGCCGCCGCCAACGCGAACCUCACCUUUGUCUACAACUGCACGCUCCCCCACAACGCCAGCGUGCUGCUGCAGCCGCCGUGCGCGAGGCCCACGAUCGGAGCGUACAUCCCGGACGGCGAAGGCAACGCGCCGCCGGGGGUCCCGAGGAACUGCAGCUCGGUGAGCGUGCCGGUGCGGCGGUCCUCCUUCCACAACGCGUCGGAGGAGCCAGCCCGUGAGUACAGGAGGUUGAUCGACGAAGGGUUCGUCUUGGAGUGGCCGCCGACCGCGGCGGAGUGCGGCGCGUGCACGCGGCGCGGCGGCGAGUGCAGGUUCGUUGAGCUUGCGUUCCAGUGCAUCUGCAGCGACGGGAGGCCCUGCCGGAAUUCUCGUGAUACUCGAGGAGUAAUCAAAAUCGGGACAGGAAUUGCAGCAGCUCUUCUGUUUCUGAUCAUACUGAGCGUUCUCUCCCUUCUGAUCACGCUACACAAGCGACGGAAGAGGAAGCGAUCUUCGUCACUGGCUGGCCUCAUCGGUGAUGGCACGCCACUGGCAUCGCUCAGGAAAGAGUUCAGCAUGACCGGCUCGCCGCGCACCCAUAUCUUCACCUACGAGGAGCUCGACGAGGCCACCGACGGCUUCAGCGACGCCCGCGAGCUCGGCGUCGGCGGCUUCGGGACAGUGUACAAAGGGACCCUGCGCGACGGGAGCGUGGUGGCGGUGAAGCGGCUGUACAAGAACAGCUACAAGAGCGUGGAGCAGUUCCAGAACGAGGUGGAGAUCCUGUCGCGGCUGCGCCACCGCAACCUGGUCACGCUCUACGGCUGCACCUCGCCGCGCAGCAGCCAGGACCUGCUCCUCGUCUACGAGUUCGUCCCCAACGGCACGCUGGCCGACCACCUCCACGGCGCGCGCGCGUCGGGGUCCGCGCCGCCGCUCCCCUGGCCCGUCCGCCUCGGCAUCGCCGUCGAGACGGCGAGCGCGCUCCACUACCUCCACGCCGUGGAGCCGCGGCAGGUCGUGCACCGCGACGUCAAGACCAACAACAUCCUCCUCGACGAGGCGUUCCACGUGAAGGUGGCCGACUUCGGGCUGUCCCGGCUGUUCCCGGCGCACGCCACGCACGUGUCCACGGCGCCGCAGGGCACCCCCGGGUACGUCGACCCCAUGUACCACCUGUGCUACCAGCUCACCGACAAGAGCGACGUGUAUAGCUUCGGCGUCGUGCUGGUGGAGCUCAUCUCCUCCAAGCCGGCGGUGGACAUGAGCCGCGCCGGCCCCGACGUGAACCUGGCCAACCUCGCCGUGCACAUGAUCCAGUGCUACGAGAUCGACCGGCUGGUGGACCCGCGGCUCGGGUACGGGACGAGCGCCGAGACGAAGAGGACCGUCGACAUCGUCGCCGAGGUGGCGUUCCGGUGCCUGCAGCCGGAGCAGGACGUCAGGCCGCCCAUCAGCGAGGUCCUGGACACGCUGAGAGAGGCGCGGAAGACGGCGCAGGCUGGCUGUGCCAAGGUCAAGGAUGACGUCGAGUUGAUGAAGAAGAGCAGGGAUGGCUCGCCGGACUCCGUCAUGUACAAGUGGACGAGCCCAUCCACGACUGCCCAUAACAGCAGUUGAGAGUUCAGAAAAUAUUUCUGCAAGUGGCCUGUGUGCAGGCUCCGUAAUGUGGCCAAAAUGUAGAAAGAAUGAAUGAUUCGUGUAUGUGUAAAGAAAUAUUUUUCUUUGUAAGGAAGAGUGGGGGUGAAGAGUUGGUUCAGAAUUUCAGAUUCCUGCACCAAAUGAGGCAGUUAGGAUGAUCGAAGUGAUUCGCUCUCCAUUCUAUUGCUGUACCUGUGCAUAUGAUGGAAUGACGUGCUGCAUACUUUAGAGGAA